AGACUAUGACUUCUGCAUUAGGGGCUGUUGCUUCCAUCCAACGUAACCACGAGUGACCUUUGACUCUAGUUCACCAAUCAAAGGGCACACAUGACCGCACACAAUGUCUUCUACUGGGCUUCGCAGGCAUAGAUAUGAACACUAGAUACGCCAGGCCGGCUAAUACGUGCCUAUAUGACAGCCAUGUUGGGAAGAUUGUCGUUCCCAUUCAAGAUAACGGUGCACAACUGUUUACAUUUCAGAUGACGAAAAACAACUGCAUGCAUUGUUGUAUUUGUCUGGAACUUUUUGCACAAACGUGGGAUAUUCCAACCCCCUUCUAACUUGAGAAAACACAUUAACCCUAUUUUAUGGUCGUAAGUAACUGUAUAACAUGCAUCGUUUGGGGUACGUGCUAAUCUUGCUCACACGCAUGCAUGCACGCACGCACUCAAGUAUGCACGCACACAGCAAUAUCAAAAUUUGCACAUUCACUUUUGAUUUAGUUAUUUUUAUUUUAUUUUACAUUCAUGCUCUUGUGACGAAAAUACAUCAGAAGUUACUCACCAUUUACUCAGUGAGUGUUUUUUUUAUUGGUUACUUUUCUUACUCUUACUCAGGUAAUUUUUUUGGAGGACUACUUUUUACUUUUAUUGAGUAAUAUUAUUUUCAAACAACAGUACUCUUACUUGAGUACAAUAUUUGGCUACUCUACCUACCUCUGGUCACGACCUGGCGACAGGAAAAUAUGGGUCUCCAACAGUUGAGAGCCACGUGUAGAUCUACAGUCCUAUGAGAUAAUACACAUACAUAGUAUUCGCUUCCAUGCCUUCAGUCACUGGGGUCUCCCUUUGCCAUAGAAAAUACACUGUACCACAUACAUCUUUCUAUUGGUGCUUAACUUCAUUUUGGUCAUUUUUAGGGGAGGCACUUAAGCUGUCAAAAAUUCAAUAUCGUUCACGUUGGUUUAACGGCUUCCAAAACAGUACAUUUUGUUUGUUCAAAUCAGCUAAGGGCGUAUUAUAAAUAUAUCUUUAAUUCAAUUACAAGCAGGACAUCUAUCUUGAGACUAAUUGAAUUAAUCAAGAUCCCAAAUUUGACAAGUUAAUUUAAUGCUUGAAUGUUGAUCAUCGUCAUCAUCAUUUGAGCCAAGCAGAAUUAAAACUUGCACAUGGGCUCGUAUUGUUUGUAUUUUUGGUUGAAAUGCAUUUGGUCCAAUCUAAGUGUCACUUUGGUGCAGAUCUCAUGCUGCUAAGACUGUAAACAAUCGAAUAACCGUCAGAGAUGAGAAGGAAGGAAGACAAUACAAUAUGAACCUGCCCUUUUCUCCAAAUUCACAAAAUCACCUAGCAUCGUCUUCUUUUAAUGAAAUUUUUUGUUCUGCUGGUUUUUCUUCUGUGCUUAGCAAUGGUGACAUGGCCUGUCACGGUCUACUGUUUUGAGGUCUGCAGCAUUGUCUGUAAAACUAACCUAUGUGAUUUAUUUCUUUCAAAGAAUCAGAAUGAACUCUAUGGUGUUCAACAACAUAGGCUAAAAUGGGUUGUUUCUUUGCAGAUUCUACACCCUAUGCAGGGGUGUCGAACUUGUUGUCAUCACAGGCCACACCAGUGAAUCCGCAUGCAGUAAAUCUAUAAUCACUAGGGGUGUAACAGUAUGCCAAAAAUCACGGUUUGGUAAGUACAGUGGAUAUAAGAAGUCUACACACCCCUGUUCAAAAGCCAGGUUUUUGUGUUAUCAAAAAUUUGACCGAAAUUAAUCAUUUCAAAACGUUUUCCAUCAUUAGUGUGACCUAUGACCAGAACAACACAACAUAUUUUUUUUUCAAAUCUUUUUGAGACAGGAAGUAAAAAUAAACAACUGAGUUGCAUGUGUUUAAUGGGACUCAGCAAAUACCUGCCACCAAUUAAAGUGCCUUUAAAUAAAACCAAAUAAAUCUCAGAUGUACUAGUAGGCUUUUCCUGACAUUUUUUGGGGUGGAUUUUUUUUCGCAGAUGUUUUUGUGGUAACACUGACCCUAAUUUUGAACUGUUCAAACUGUAGUUUAACCUUGGUCUCAUUGCACCAAAUAAUAAUAAUAAUCUUCCUCACAUGUGUAAAACUGUUUUAUGGUCAGAUGAAACCAAGUUUGAACUUUUUGGCCAUAUUUCCAAAAGACACAGCAGUCAAAGUUAGCACAAAACCUUCAGACUUCUGCUAGAAAGAUUAAAAAUUGUCAGGAAAAGCUUAUAAAAUUAUAAAAAGGUGUGCAUACUUGUGCAACCAUAUUAUUUCAGUUGUUAUUUUAUUUCACCUCGAAAAGAUUUUAUAAAAUUAAUUUGAGUUGUACAGGAUAUACUGUAGGUCAGGUUAAUGGUGGAAAAAGUUUUCAAAUGAUGUAUCUUGGUAUCAUUGUUUUAUAUCACAAAAACCUGAAAUUUUAACAGGGGUGUGUAAUCUUUUUAUAUGUACGUACCUUAAUUUUAAAGUCACGUUUCAGUCGCAAUGCUUACAGUAGGGAAAGAAUGCAAAACAAACUGCUUAGGUUUUUUGUAAACAGGUGCAGAUUUAAUGACAUAUCUUUUAUUUUUAUGAAAAUGCAACAUCAAUAGUUUCUCUUCCUUUUAGGAUAUGAACGAUGCAGACAACAGUAACAGUUUGAACAGUAUCAAUAAGGUGCCCUGUGAUUGACUGGUGACCAGUCCAGGAUAUAGGCCACCUUUCACCUAAAUUAAUCCAGGAUAGGCUCCACCUCACCCGUGACCCGGAACAGGAUAAGCGGUAUGGAAAAUGAAUAAACAGUCUCAAUUAUAAUGCUAUAAAAAGACCAAAUUUUGGCAUUCAUUAUUGCUUUGACUCCACCCAGAGGGAGAAGAGGUUGUUUAAAUGGUGCUCAUGACGGCACACCUACAGUGCUCUGAAAAAGUAUUGGCUCCCUUCUCAAAUUAUUAUUAUUUUUUUGCAUAGUUUCCCCACUUUGUUUAAGAUCAUCAAACAAACGUAAAUAGACAAAAAUAGCCCAAGUAAAUAUAAAAUGCUGUUUUUAAAUGGUGAUUUUAUUUAUUAAGGGGGGGAAAAAUCAAAGCUACCUGGCCUUGAGUGAAACUGUAAGGGCUCACUAAACCUAAUAACUGGUUGGGCCACCCUUAACAUCAACAACAGAAAUUAAGCUUUUUAUAUAAUUGGCAAUGAGUCUUUCCCUUCCCUGUGGAGAUAUUUUGGCACACUCUUCCUUGCAGUAUUGUUUUAAUUCAGCCACACUGGAGGGUUUUUUAGUAUGAUUGGCCCUUUUAAGGUCAUGCCACAGGAUUUCAAUUAGAUUCAAGUCCAGACUUUGACUAGGCCACUCCAAAACCUUCAUUUUUUUAAAUUUAUUUUUUAUUUUUUUAUUUUUGUAUGCUAUUCAGAAGUUGAGUUGCUAGUGUGUUUAGGAUCAUUGUCAUGCUGCAGAACCCAAGUGCGCUUCAGCUUGAGGUCACGCCCUGAUGACCGAACAUUCUCCUUCAGGAUUUUCUGGUAAAGAGCAGAAUUCAUGGUUCCAUCAAUCACAGCAAGUUGUCCAGGUCCUGAAGAAGCCAAGCAGCCCCAGACCAUCACACUAAAACCACCAUGUUUGACUGUUGGGAUGGUGUUCUUUUUUUACAUUUACGCGAGAUUUAACGAGACACUCACCGUCCAAAUGUUACAUUUCCGUUUUGUCAGUCCGUAGAAUAUUCCCCCGAGAAGUCUUGGGAAUCACUCAGAUGUUUUUUUGUUUUGUUUUGUUUUUUUCCAAAAGUAAGACAAGCUUUUAUGUUCUUUUUGGUCAAUAUUGUUUUGUUUUUUUGCCCAGUCUCUUCUAAUUGUUGAGUCAUGAACACUGACAUUAACUGAGGCAAGGGAGGCAUUCAGUUCUUCACAUGUUGUCCUGGAUUCCUUUGUGACCUUCUGGAUGAGUCAUUGCUGUGCUCGUAGUUGAAAGGUUCACCACAGUUCAAUGAUUUCUCCAUUUAUGGAUAAUGGCUCUCACCGUGGUUCACUGGAGUCCUAAAGCCUGGGAAAUGGCUUUGGUAACCCUUUCCAGACUGAUUUCAAUUAUUUUAUUUCUCAUCUGUUCUUGAAUUUCUUUGGAUCGUGGCAUUUUGAUGCAGCUUUUUGGGAUCUUUUGGCUGCCUUUAUUUUGUCAAACAGGUUCUAUUUAAGUGAUUUCUUGAUUGAACAGGUCGAGCGAUAUCCAGGGUUGGUGGCGGUCAGUGAAAAUGAACCCAGAAAAAUGUGAUUAUCCACAGUUAAUUCAUGAUUUAACAAGGGGGGCAAUUACCUUUCCACACAGGGCCAGGUAGCCAUUUUUUCUUAAUAAAGAAAAUGACCAUUUAAAAACAGCAUUUUAAGUUUACUUGGGUUACCCUUGUCUGAUGUUCACAAUUUUUGAUUAUCUUAAACAUUAAAGUGGGGGACAUUUUUUUAAAUGUAAGAAUUUAAGAAGGGGGGCAAUACUUUUUCACAGCACUGUACAAGUGCCAUCCUUUUACUAGAUGCAAUGAUUGGAGUGAUGUGAACUAAUUAUGCAGUGCCACUAGAGGUUUACUGUAUAGGUUUCCCACAUAGAACUUAGCCUAAUUGAAAGACAUAGAUGCAUAACAUGGCAUCGGCUGCUGCUUGAAAAGCAGAAACAUAACUUGUGAUAUCUGAGCUGAUAUAGCAGUUUUUCUGACAUUUACCCAGUUGUUUACCAUUCGCCUGACUUCUGUGCAGGCAGCAUGUAGAGACUGAAGAAAUGACACUUUGCUACAAUCUAAAGUAGUCAUUGAUCAGCUUGUGUAACAGUAAAAUUUACUGUCUCCUCAAAAUAACUCAACAAACAGCCAUUAAUGUCAAACCACUGGAAACAAAUUUGAAUAGACCCCUCAGUGAAAAUGUUUAAGUUGGUGCCCGAAGUCAGCUGGGACAGGCUCCGGCCCCCUGCAACUCUCAACAGGAUAAGCAGUAUAGAAAAUGGAUGGAUGAUAUCCAUCGACAACUGAUGAAAGGACAAUAACAUAACAGGUGAGGGAGGCUGCCAAAAGGCUUUCAGCAUCAUUAAAGAGCAGUAGGAAUACAGUUUGUUUGACACAAAAAGAACACAGCACAACAUCAUAGCCAAGGAGAUGGCCAGAAUCAUGGUUUUGAGUUUUAGUCAAGGUGAUCGAUAUUGCAGUAGAACAUCUACAAACCAACUGUCUUCAAGUUGUUCAAUUCAGAAAAACACUCAAAUGAUGCAACUGAACUUAGAAAGCGCUUCAACAUGAUUAAGCUUUGUGUCACUGGUGUCUCGAAACCAAUUUAACAGAGGCGUGUUAACUUUUUAUAUCCAUUGUAUCACAUGAUAGUAAGGAAUGUUUUAGAACAAGUUCAGUCCCUCUCACAGAAUGUUGAGUCAUCUGAUAUGAGAAUCAGAUGAGAUUUGAAAACGAAUUUGCAAACAAGUGGAGAGAGGCCAUCUCUCUGUGCUGUGGUCCUUCCUCCUCUCCUACAGCUAGACUAUAAUACCGAAGGUGUGCUAAAGUCCCCUUGCACAGGCAGGAUGAACUCUUCACGGUGCCCUUCUGGGAGACCACUGCCAUUAAAGGUGUUGUGCAUGUUCUACUCAACCAUGUGCCUGGUCAGCGGGCCUAUCUGCUCAGAGGCAGCCAAGCUUCGCUGUGGCUCGGAACUUCUCAAUGACCUCCUGUUUGUGUGUGGUGAUCGUGGGCUCUACUUAGGUAAAGGUACCUGGUCUGGUUAUGGUUCUCGACCCAGAGGGAAGGGGAUCGUGGACAAAUGCUGCCGGUCAAAUGGCUGUGACCUUUAUCAUCUGGAGAUGUACUGUGCUAAGGCAGAGAAGCAACAACAGGCUACAGCGUGGCCAAGCACAAGCACAGAACCCCUCACCACAAGACAAACAGAUGUGGCCUAUCAGUUCCAAGCAGUAUUUCAGAAAAGACUUUUGCAGCACCUGGGGCCACCCAACACUCCAAAGAGAGAGGCUUAUAGGAACAAAACAAAACGUUCAUUCCCAAAGAAAACGACAUCACGCAGAAAGAUGAACCGACAGAACACAACAAGUGAGGCCCCCUCGAUGGCCAUCCUUUUAAUCGGAUGACCUCUUCAAAUGGGGUUCUUUCACCCUUUGAGUGAGACCGUCUCAUGGACCCUCCUUGUAGGACUGGCCUGACUCUCACCAGUGGAUGGUUCUUGUACUUUUGGGAAAAUGCUGACGUUGGUUUCAUAUUUUCAUACUUAAGUUACUAAUAAUUACUUCAACUGAAUGAGUGUUAAAUGCAGUAAAGCACUAACAAAUAACUUUUGCCAUACUGAAGCUGCAUAUUAAGUGUCUCCUCAACUCAGGCUGCAGAGUUCAACCUUUUUUAUGGGCGCAAUUGUACGAUCAAAGAUAUUCUACUAAUUACAGUUGGAAACCUUCCAUGGGAAUUACAGAGAAUUUAUGCAAAUAAACAGGAACUAACUAGGAAUUUGCAAAAUUAAGGUUGGCUCUGUAGGGAGCUUGAAUAUAGUUGGGGGCCUAUAUUUCUUCUUUUUUUUUUUUUUUUUUUUUUUUGCAUAAUCCUGACUAAAACAACUAUAUUUCAAAACGUACAGUGGUACCAUGAAUUCUGUCUGCUACAUUUAACCUGUUUUCCCCUUUUAUUUCCAGUUAAUUCUCUUAAUGCCCAUAAAAGGUUUACAAUUUGGAAUAUUUUCAAACUUUGCCCAGUGUAAAUUCCCAUGGAAAUUUAACAGAAACUUUCCAGAAUGUUUUCACCCGUUUGAAUCCCUACUGCUAAUAGCUACAGCAAUAUGUUGUGCAAACUUUGCCGACACCUGCCACAUUUUAGUGGCCCUACAUGGUCUUUGGCUUCUUGUAUUUAUUGUGGGUAUAGUUGUCAUUAGUUUGCUAAUAUUAUGUUAUGAAUACUUCUCCAGCUGCUGGUCUAUUUGUAUUCAAAUCCUUUACUGUUUAUUUAUGGCACUUUUACAGUAUAGCUGUCUUUCAAAUAAGUUGCAUUUGUUUAUUAUUAUUACAUGCACUUUGAUAACAUUUUCUUAUUUGUAAAUGAUCUCAUGUUUUUAUCUUAUUGUAUUGUGUGUAUGGAGCCAUUUCUUCUCUAUUUAGUAGACCCUAUCAUAUGUUAUUAUCUGUGUAAUAUUUAAAAGGAUUAUUUAUUUCUCUAAGACAACAUACAGUACGACUGUUCAGAUUGAAAUAUGUUAAAGUUGGUUAUGUAUUGAUCUAAGAAUGAAUAGCUGGAUGAAAACAUGAUUGAGAGAUUUGUUUUUCAACAACUUCCAGCAUUACAGAUUAUGGUUUUUACUUCACUGCCAAUUCAUAACAAUAUAUUGUUUACCAUAACUUGACCUUAUGUUUUGACAUUGAGCCUCAGUGACACGGAAAACAGCUGAUCAUUUUAUAACAAGACUGAAGUUAUCUAGUGCCUUCCCAACUGUUGAGAAGGCCAUUGCAGCAAAGAACCUAAUAGGGCUUGCAAAAUUACAGAAUUGCGAUUCCCUUUUCUGUAUUUAAAGGUAAAUGAGUUGCAGUCGAGAUUCAGCCUCUAUAGCAACUCACGGUAAGAACUUUCCGGACCUAAGAAAGGAGUGUUGCAUGGACAAGAUUCCAUCACAGUUCAGAUCAAACAAGUUUGAAUCUUGGCUCCAGCCAUCCUGUAUGGAGUCGGCAUGUUCUAUAUAGGUAUAUCUAUAUUCCAAAAAUGUGCACAUUAGGUUCAUUAAAGACUUAGAAUUUUC